UCAUAAAGCUCCCUCCCCAUCACCACCAUGGCAGCUGCCCCAGACGCGCCCUGCCUGUCGGAGCUCGGCGGACUCCCCAACAGGAACAUCAGCCUCAUCUCCGGCACCCGCCCCUGCAACCGGAGCACCGUCAGGACCUCGCCUUACACCCCGCAAGCCACCGCCGCCUUUGCCAUUGCCAUCACGUUCAUGAUGCUCCUGACCAUCGUUGGGAACAUCCUGGUCAUCAUAGCUGUCCUGACGUCGCGCUCGCUAAAGGGUGCUCAGAACCUGUUCCUGGUGUCGCUGGCUGCUGCAGAUAUCUUAGUGGCCACGCUCAUUAUUCCGUUCUCGCUGGCGAACGAGCUGCAGGGCUACUGGGCGUUCAGCUCCAUCUGGUGUGAAAUCUACCUGGCGCUGGACGUUCUCUUCUGCACCUCCUCCAUCGUGCACCUGUGCGCAAUAGCACUGGACCGCUACCUGUCGAUCUCCCGGCCCGUGUCCUACGGCGCCAAACGCACUCCUGUACGCAUCAAGGCGGCCAUUAUCGUCGUCUGGCUGAUCUCCGCGGUCAUCUCCUUCCCUCCUCUUCUCACCCUCGACAAGAGCGAGGGAGGCGAAGAGGUGUGCGAACUCAACAACGAACGCUGGUAUAUUCUCUACUCCACAAUCGGCUCGUUCUUCGCCCCGUGUGUGAUAAUGAUUCUGGUGUAUAUAAGGAUUUAUCAGAUCGCCAAGCAGCAUACACGCUGCCCGCCCGGACAGAAGCACAAAUCGGUAGCAGGAGGAAACGCAGUUGUGGCAACCAGCGAGCCUCCAGUGAAGUUAGAGUCAGAACAGAAUGGGGAUCAAGGAGGUACGACUGCCUGCCAACAAGAUAAAGUCCUGAACAAAAUGUCUGGCUCGCAUUCAACCGCGUUAUGGCAUCAAAACCCGCCUGGCAACAUCCCGAGCCAAGACUGCCCUCCUGAUUCGAGUGCAGCUCCGGCAAUCCCCCAAAUCCUUUCAGCUGUUCCCCACAAACAGCCCCAGACCAAUCCCGAAGAAGGCCGCGAGGCGCUUCCCGACAACUUCUCGAGCUCCGGCUCCGACUGCGAGCUGGAGGGAGCGGACGGGAAAGUAGAGACGAACAAGGCUGACGAGCAAACUACGGGAGCAAGCAAAGGGUUUAAAGUUCAGGUGCUGAACCUGGCCUGCAGGUACAGAAACACUAUGGCCACGUCAUCCGGCACCAAACUGGUACAUGAGGAAACACCUAAGAUCCAGGGGACACCCAUUUCCCGCCGCAAAGCCAUGGUGAACCGGGAGAAGAGGUUCACCUUCGUGUUGGCUGUCGUGAUGGGAGUGUUUGUGAUCUGCUGGUUCCCAUUUUUCUUCUCUUACUCUCUCCAGGCGGUGUGCCCGAAGACCUGCAGCAUCCCAAACCCCUUGUUUAAAUUCUUCUUCUGGAUUGGCUACUGCAAUUCCUGCCUCAACCCGGUCAUAUACACCAUCUUCAACAAUGAUUUCAGGAAGGCCUUCAAGAGGAUACUGUGCCGGGACAUAAAGGGUACUUUCUUCUAGACAGGAACGUGGUAUUAUGUUCUGAAUUGCUGGCGGACAGAAAGACCGUUUAUCUGAAGAUAAAAAAUGAUUUCUUUCUCUCUGAAUUUGACCGGGAUUGAC